AUCAUGUUCUUAAUUGUCACGGUCCUGUUUUCCCUGAACAUGUUGAUGUUAGUAAAUGCAGAAUGCGAUUGUGGAUGGAAACAAGGGAUGAGAAUUGUAGGAGGCCAAGAAACAGGAGUUAACGAAUAUCCCUUUAUGUCUGCACUUGUUAAAACACAACCGGUCAGUUUGUUUUGUGGGGCUAGCAUAAUAUCAGAACGAUUCGCUCUAACUGCAGCUCACUGUGUGGUAGACAAAAAGGUUGAAAACAUUGUAUUAUUAGUUGGUGAACACAACGUUUCUUCAGGUACUGAUACUCCUUAUGCAAAAGUCUACAGUUUGGAUAAAUUCAUAAUCAAUCCUGAUUACAAUGUCAAAACUCAAAAAAAUGAUAUAGCAUUGGUGAAAACAAAAUCAGAUAUCGAAUUCAGUGUCUACGUCGGUCCAGUCUGUUUACCUUUCAAAUACAGCGAGUUCGAUUUCGAAUCUGCGUCUGUGAAAGCUUUAGGGUGGGGCUUAAAUUCAACACAUGGUACCAAGUCAGACGUACUCAAGGAGGUCACUCUAAUGAUCCUCGGCAACGAUUAUUGUUCUAAAUUUUUCGGCACACUAGAUGAACAUCAAAUGUGCGCUUAUGGUGAUCACAAGGAUUCUUGCCAUGUUGAUUCUGGAGGUCCCUUGAUUUGGUGGGAUAACAGUACGAGAAGACUGCAACUGUUGGGUGUGAUAUCAGCUGGUAGAGGCUGUGCUGGAUUUUUACCAUCUAUGAAUAUGAGAGUCACUUCUUUCCUUUCUUGGAUAGUCAGCAGUAGUCCAGAUGUGAAUUAUUGCAAACGAUAGUCUUCCGAGCUUCCAGAUUGGACCUUCAUAUAUCUUCUCAAUCAUGUUUGAAGAUGUUAUGAUGAAUUUAAUUUAUUUCAUCCUGAAGAACUAAGUAUUCUUAUUCAUUCAAAUCGUGUAUCUUCCUAAAUGAAUUAAAAAAUGAUGAAAUGUU